UGCCUCUCCGAACGUCCUUCCGCGUCGACUGUACUACAGCCGCUCUGCCCUGCCUGCAUUGCCGUUGCUCCCAGGUCGAAAGAAAAGACGAUUUCUCUGCCAGAGCACCUCCGUCUCCUCGUCCCCGCCGCUCUCGACGCCCACCACCCCCUCCGACCGCCGCCCCAAUAGAGCUACGCUAUAUGGUAUUUGCGGUGCCGACAUUAUAUCACCAGCUUUGCUAUGAGUUUGGAUCACCACAUAUAUGGAUCUUCCGACUGGCACCUUCCCAGUCCCACCUCCACACCAAAGUCCGUCGGCCCAGAUCCGACGUUGAAGACGCCUAGAACUGAGUCGUUUCCUCAAUCGCACUUCCUCGACGCCUGGUCGACACCCCGAGUCAAUGGGCAGCAGACGCCCGCCCAGACCCCGACCUUCGCCAUCUCGACACCCAUAGAGCGGCCGUCGACGUCACAAAGUCUGAAGGUUCGCACACCUGAAGACCCCGAUUUCCAUGUCAACCACUUCGCCGUGACCAAUCUCCCGCUGCCACCUGUUGACCCGUCACGGAGGCUAUCGUCGUCCCCCGACCCACAAUCUGUGCACAAUACCGCGGCAAUUCUCCGAGAGCACAUCUCGACUCGGCCCCGUCCACUCAGUAUGGAUACCUCCCAGAUGCAGACACCGCCUCCCACGAGGGAUGCCACGUCUCGCCGAUUGCAAUACAGUGCAGGAAAUGUCUCCACGCCAGCCACCGUGAUUGCACACGCACCAGGACAGGCUCAUCCGGGUGACGGCUGGUUCAACGAAACGCCGCUCGCAUAUCCCAGCCUUCAAUUCUCGCCUGAUAUGGUCCAAUUUUCCAGUACUGGUCCAAUGUCUGCACCCGCUCUACCUCAAUCGCGGUUGUUCUGGGAUCAGUCCAAUGAACCUGCACAGAUGGAUAUAGAUAUGCCCUUUGCAGAGGACCCGUUUGGCCCUACCCCACACAAGAUUGAAGGCAACAUGAGUUGGCAUACAUUUCACACCCCGGCUAACAAUCAGGUGAACCCUCAAGCCUUCCAGGCUCUCCAAGGACUGCAAUCAUCGCCCGGUCCAAGGUCCUCAUUCACCACAAGCAAUGGCGGUGAUGUAUCUUGCUCCCGACCAAGCUCCUUCGUCUCAACUUCAGGUGGUGUGGAUCCUAGCAUGCUCUUUAGCUUCUCGAGCCCAGGUCCGGCCUCGUCGUUCAAUAUGUCUAUGCCAAUGCCCAAUAAACCAGCGGAGAAUAGACAACCAUAUGAGACGCAGUUGAGAGAAUCGAUGCGGGAAAAAGAGGCAGCGAGGAAGGCUAAAGGCCAACAUUCCCGUACUAGCACCAACUCUUCGAACGCAUCGUUCGAGGGACGACCCACUCUGCAGCGAAGCAACACGGACAGCGGCUUCAGGAGAAGCAGGCCUUCUUCUAUGGAGUCACGCUCGUCUAACUCAGCCGUGGCCUACAACAUUCCUCGACGUUCGUCGCCUCUGAAACGGUCAAGCGGUGGUUCACUCAUGGCAAUACCUGAGGUUCGUAGACCUAGGACCCGCCUAAUAAUCGAUGAAACCGGCAGAGCUCGGACAGAAACCGUGCCGGCAGACGAUGAAGACGAGGAUAGGCAGGAACCCCCUAAGAACCCUCUGGACUUGAGGGCGCAGUAUCCAGACUUGUGGAAUGAUGACGAUGACAGCGACUCAGAAGAAGAGGUCACCCCUCAAGCAGUUACACUCAGCCGCAACGCAUCGUUCAAUGUGCCUCAACGCCGUACUUCUAAGCACGCCCGCAAUGAUAGUGGUGAAAUCAGCCGGUCCAACUCUUUCAAGGUUCCGAGGCCAGCACCAAGGCCAUCGUCCGUAGUCUUCGACAAAGCGUCCUUUGACACAGUCCGACCUGUACGGAGGGUUGCCGACAACGCACACAGAAGAUUUAGCAUGAUGGAUUUCCCGACUUCGUUCGAUGACACCCAAGAAGGUGCCGACCAGCCUUCCUCUGACUCCCCAGGGGACGCACUUGGUGCCUUAAAGAAAGCUGUCGCCGGUCGGCAGAAACAGCGCUCUGCCCAUAACACCCUGCAAGCCCAUAACCAACGCUGGGCUCAAGCUUCGGUUGAUAUGGCUCACGGACAGCCAGCCUUGUUCGACCCGUUUAGCAACGCAUUCAGUGUUUCUCCUGCGAAUACCUCUGAUACGACCUUGACAACGCCAUCGACCGAUCGUAGUAGUCUAUCUAAUGACGCGACACGUUGUGUCUGCAAUGGAUCUGACGACGGUCGACCUAUGAUCUUAUGCGAGAGUUGCAGAAAUUGGUUGCAUAUGCCUUGCGUUGGACUCAAUGACAACAACGUACCUCCGGUCUAUGUUUGCGUUUUUUGUACUGGCCAAACACCCGUAGCCCGUGGUGGUAGGGUGAGGGGACCGAUGCCUGGUCUCUUUGACUCGCCGCUCACACACAAGUCGGUAUACCGACGAUGACCCUAUUACACGCACACCGACGAGUG